GGGGAUUUUAAGCGGGUGUCCCAAGCAGGUGCGGGAUGGAGGGGGAGCGCGGCGGUGGCACCCUCGCUUUCCGCGGUCUCCAGAACCGCUCCCGUGAGAAGAUGAAGCUGCGGAAGAGAAAGUCUGUCUUGUACCUCAGCGCCCAGGAGAAGAGCACUGGGUGCCGCAGAAUUCUUGGAGAAAACAUUUAUCUGGUCUUGUUUAUCAUAGCUUUACGAAUAUUUAACUGCUUUUUAGUCCAGACAAGUUUUGUUCCAGAUGAAUAUUGGCAGUCUCUUGAAGUUGCACAUCAUAUGGUUUUUAAUUAUGGUUAUUUGACCUGGGAAUGGACAGAAAGAUUGAGGGGUUACACUUACCCCUUAAUCUUUGCAAGCAUGUACAAGAUUCUGCAACUUUUGGAGAAAGAUAGUGUCCAACUGCUGAUUUGGAUUCCUAGACUUGCCCAAGCACUUCUGUCUGCUAUAGCAGACAUGAGGCUUUACUCGUUAAUGAAGCAACUAGCGAAUCAGGAAGUGGCAAGAUGGGUGUUUUUUUGCCAGUUGUGUUCUUGGUUCACAUGGUAUUGCUGUACCAGAACCCUUACAAACACCAUGGAAACUGUUCUCACCAUAAUUGCUCUUUUCUACUAUCCUUUGGAAGGGUCAAAGUCUAUGAACAGUGUCAAGUACUCAUCCCUGGUGGCAUUUGCCUUCAUAAUUCGUCCCACAGCUGUCAUUCCAUGGAUACCUUUGCUAUUCAGACAUUUCUGGCAAGAACAGAAAAGGCUUGAUCUUAUUCUACAUAAUUUUUUACCUGUAGGAUUUGUCACUUUGAGUUUGUCUCUGAUAAUUGAUCGUAUUUUUUUUGGCCAAUGGACUCUGGUUCAAUUUAAUUUUUUGAAAUUUAACGUGCUGCAGAAUUUGGGAACAUUUUACGGUUCUCAUCCAUGGCAUUGGUACUUCAGUCAAGGAUUUCCAAUUGUGUUGGGUACUCACUUACCCUUCUUUAUUCAUGGCUGCUUUCUAGCCCCAAAGAGGUACCAGGUACUUUUGCUGACUGUGCUGUGGACACUGCUAAUUUAUAGUAUGUUGGGCCACAAAGAAUUCCGGUUUAUCUAUCCAGUUUUACCAUUUUGUAUGGUGUUCUGUGGAUACUCACUAACCCACCUGAAAACGUGGAAGAAACCAGCUCUAAGUUUCCUGUUUUUAUCAAAUGUGCUCCUCGCCCUCUAUACGGGUUUAGUUCAUCAACGAGGUACUCUUGAUGUCAUGAGUCAUAUUCAAAAAGUCUGUUACAACAGUCCCAAUAAAUCUUCAGCUUCAAUAUUUGUAAUGAUGCCUUGCCACUCUACUCCUUAUUACAGCCAUGUUCACUGCCCGCUUCUAAUGAGAUUUCUCGAAUGUCCACCUAACUUGACUGGAAAAAGUCAGUAUCUUGAUGAAGCAGAUAUAUUUUACCUAAAUCCCUUAAACUGGUUACAUAAAGAGUUUAACAAUGAUGCAUCACUGCCUACUCACUUGAUCAUUUUCAGCGUUUUGGAGGAGGAAAUAAGUGCUUUCCUAAUUUCAAGCAAUUAUGAGAAAACUGCUGUUUUCUUCCACACUCACUUGCCAGAAGGUAGAAUUGGAAGUCACAUAUAUGUCUAUGAACGCAAGUUAUAAGGGAAACUCAAGAGAAGAUGA